UUGCCAAUCAUUGCAUAACGCGUUUUCAAAGUCAAGAACUCGACCACACCUGAUAAUAACCACUCUCGCCCUCCCCACCGUCAUCUCUGUAAAGUAUAUUAGUAGCUAGCAGAAGGAAUAUACGAAUAGCUGAGAGAGAGCGAGUGAGAGAGGAUGAAGAAUCGGAUCGUCGUCGUCGAGAGGCCAUGGUUUCUCUGCAUCGUCAUGACCGGCGCACUCGCCGGGGCGCUCCUAAUCGGAGGCUUUAUCCGGAUCUCCGAUACCUCCCUCCCGUGUUCGGUUUCCUCCGCCGCACGCGACGGCUAUUCGGCAGCCGACGACGGCCUCAUCCGCGCGAUCCUCCACUACGCCACCUCUCGAGUGGUCCCGCAGCAGUCACGCGCAGAGAUCAGAGUCUCCUUCGCCGUCCUCCGAUCUCUCUCCCCCUGCAACUUCCUCGUCUUCGGGCUCGGCCACGACUCGCUCAUGUGGGCCUCCUUCAACUCCCGCGGGACCACGCUUUUCCUCGAGGAGGAUCCCCGGUGGGUCCAGGCCGUUCUCAAAAAUGCGCCGGACCUACGCGCCCGCGCCGUGGAGUACCCCACUCGUCUCUCCGAUGCCGAUGAGCUUCUCAAAUCCUACAGGUUGGAGCCGGACUGCUCGCCGACCAGCGUUCCACUUAGAGACAGCAGGUGCCGGCUCGCGUUGCCAGCGCUUCCCGGCGAAGUGUACGACACGGAGUGGGAUGCGAUCAUGAUCGACGCGCCGCGGGGAUUCUUCGCGGCGGCGCCGGGGAGGAUGGGAGCGAUUUUCACGGCGGCGGCAAUGGCGAGAGGGAGGACGCGCCGAGGGGUGACGCACGUGUUCCUCCACGACGUCAAUCGGAGGGUUGAGAGGGUUUAUGCGGAGGAGUUCUUGUGCAGGAAGUACUUGGUGAAGGCGGUGGGGAGGCUCUGGCAUUUUGAGAUUCCGGCCUCCAACGGCAGCGAUGUCGACGGCGGGACGACUGCGUUCUGCUGAAAGUGGCUGGAAAUUUCUCCUUUCCCGUUAGGGAUAUGGGUGCAAUUUUUUAAAAUUUGUUUUUAAUAAAUUUUUUGGCAUAUAAUUUACAACUUUUUUUUUUUUUUUUUUUUUUUAAAGAGGACCAUAUAGGCCAUAGCAUUGUUUAUAUUGCAAUAUAUUAAAAUGAAUUAUCUUUAAAAAA